AUAGUACGUGGGUCCUUCCCUGAAUGUGUUGCUCUCUGCCCCAGUAUAGCUAUGCUGAGGCUGAGGCCAAGUGUUGCAAGGGACACGGUUCUUGGCUUCGAUGAUCCUCUGCCUUACGAGGACGGAACAUCUCCCAGCUGCGGCGCGAUUGUUGGGCGAGUCGCCAACCGGAUUGCAAAUGCUCAAUUUGAGCUAGAUGGCGUCGUCUACCACUUGGACCAGAACAAUGGGAACAACACCCUUCAUGGAGGCUUCAUUGGCUUUGGAAGGCGGCUAUGGAAACAUGAAGGUUUCGUCACGGAGAAGGGAGCUUCUGCCCGUUUCACAUACCACAGUUUAGACGAUGAGGAGGGUUUUCCAGGGACUUUGGAUGUUGUUACAACGUACACAGUUUUGAAAAGUGGGGAAUUUACUGUGGAAAUGACUGCUACAGCUGGUGGCAACUCAACGCCUGUGAACCUGGUGAAUCACACGUAUUGGAACCUUGCAGGGCAUGACUCAGGGGAUGUGCGGGAGCAUUGGGUAGUCCUGAAUGCUGACAGCUACACACCUACGGACAGUGAGCUCAUCCCAACGGGCAAGAUAGAUCCAGUGGCUGGCACACCCUUGGACUUCACGAAUGAGCAUCAGAUCGGUGAUACGAUUGACGAGGCAGGAGGGUAUGACAAUAACUAUGUGAUCAACAAGCACAAGAAGCCAUUAGAUGGGAAGUGGCCCGGUCUUCUUGAAGAUGUCAAGGAUGUUGUACUUGCUGUUGAAGUGUCAUCACCUGCAAAGGACCUUUCCUUGGAGAUCUACACCAAUGCACCAGGUGUUCAAUUCUAUACAGCAAGUCCAGACCCCGCUGCUGCUGCUGCUACUGCUGCUGCAGCGGCAAGUGGUGGUGCAGGGACUUCUGGAACUGUUGCAGCCCCGGGCCCGGACCCAGCAAUGGCUGGGCCAGGCGGCAACUUUGCUUACAUCGACAGGAAGGCGGCGCAGAUUCCGUCCAAGUAUGACGGAAAGGACGACGUCGAGUCUUGGAUCAACUCUAUGUGGUCCUACUUUGACGUAUUGGGGACACCCCCGUCCACUCAGUCGUCUAUCUUGGGGACCAAUGUGGAGCCCGUCGUGCGGGGUUUCCUAGAAACCCAAGCUGUCCAAUUAGGCUAUAAGAGAAUAGACCUAAACAAAUGGCUGAAGGCUAUGCCUACUACCGCACUUGAGGAUCUCUUGAUCAAGCAAUAUGCUGAUCCACAUGCUGCAGCUAAAGCAAGAGUCAAGCUUGACAAGCUCAAGCACAGCAAGUGGACCGACACCAUGCACAGUCUGCAGCAGUACGUCAGUAAAAUCUUUGCUACUCCGGAUCUGGAGAUGACUGCGCAGUCUUGCUUGGAUGUGAUAAAAGAUCCCAAGCUUACAUUCGUGGUGACUACGGAUGCAAGUUUGUAUGGGAUUGGUGCGGUGCUGCAGCAAGAUGACGGUGAUGGCUUACGUCCGCUUGAAUUCUACAGCAAACACAUGCCCAUUCACAAGGUAGCCGCUUCCACCUACAUGAGAGAGCUCUAUGCCUUGAGAGAGGCACUAGACCACUGGAAACACUACCUCUUGGGUCGCCAUUUCAAAGUGUUCUCAGACCAUGAGACCUUGAAAUGGAUUCAGACAGAGGUUAACCCAUCAACCACAUUGACCAGAUGGCUGCAUGAGAUUGAUGUUUAUGAUUUUGAACUCAAACACAAGAAAGGCUGCUAUAAUCGUGUUGCGGAUGCUUUGUCUCGCCACCCCGAAUAUAUGACUUGCCUUGUGGGUUCCUAUGACCUUCGUAAGAAUCUGAAAGAGGAGCUCAUUGAGCAUACUGCCAAGGAUCCGGAGCUCAGUCCCAUCCUUGAGCAGAUCCGGGCUGACCCUAGCAGUCAGCCUGAUUUCCAUGAGUGUAAGGGCCUUCUCUUCCGACGUUACGGGAAGCAUGACCGAUUGUGUGUGCCAAACCAUGAGCCAAUCAUGACUCAUUUCUUGGACUUGGCUCAUGGCCGGAGUGGACACUUCGGUGUUGAGAAGACAUACGGGAAUUUGUUGGAAAAGUUUGUGUGGCCUGGAAUGAAAAGAAUGGCACAAAGGUUUGUGGCUGAGUGUGAAGUUUGUCAACGCAUCAAACCGUCUCGGCAGAAACCCUAUGGGUUGCUGCACCCUCUUCCUAUCCCUGAUGGCCCGGGUGAGUCUGUUUCCAUUGACUUCACGGACAUGGGAAAGAAGAGCAGAAACGGUUAUUCGCAAGUGAUGGUGAUCGUUGAUCGGUUUUCGAAAUUUCUAAAUCUGAUUCCCUUGCCACCUCACGCCCCAAUUGACCUUGUGAUCGAUGAGUUCAACAAAAGGUACGCUGUUGCUUUUGCUGAAUUCUACUCCGUCCCGUCUGCGCAGGAUUUCCCUAACGCGAUCAAUCAACCCAAUUUCCCAUCAUCCGUGCUUCGACCAGGAGAGGUCUAUGUGCAUGCAAUGCUAUGCAGGUGGGGGAAGGAGGGGCGCGGAGGGGAAGGACAGAAAUUUGAGUGGUCCCCACUUUGGCAAUUCUUGGCUGAGUUGGUUCGCAUCUCUUUCAAGAACUUAGUUUUGGAAAUGCUCAUGGUUGUGGUAUUUCACUUGCGCCGUACAGAUCCUACUUAGUCUACACCUCUCAAGUCAUUUCACAGAGUCGAACUAGAAUCGGCGGGGAAAGAAAUGCUCAUUGUUGUAGGGUAGGUGCUGCUGUCUAAGGCAUAAAUUAUAAAAAAUAUAUUAGAAAAAACAGGAGAAAAUCCGAAAAAACAAGUUAAAAUUUUCUGCACCCAAUGGAAGAUGUAUGGCUGGCAGCGGUAGGUCUGGCUUCCAAAGCAGUGCAGUCGUUCGGCGAUGGGCAAAAUUAAGCAUCGGGCAAGAUUGAAGUGGAUGUACUGGUGAUUUAAAACUUACAAGUUACCCCAUUAAGUUGCUCAAGGAGAGGCACCUUCUACACAAGGGGUUCUCUUUGUCGGAGUGUGUAUAUGUGAUGAGUCGGUGAAACUCCGACGAAACAGUUUGUCACAGCCCCUCGUUUGUUAUUCUCUUCUCCCUCUCUGCCGACGGUUUACCGGGCAGUUCUGUUCGACGAUAUAUAUAUAAUAAUUAUAUACAUUUUUUUCUCGUUUUUCUUUCUUUCUUUUUUUUUUUUUUUUUUUCUCCCAGUGUGAGUGGAUGGUUGUCCUUCUUGUGGCAAACAUGCUCUGGUGCAAAGCGAGAGAGGAGAGAGAUGAGUGUGAUUUCUACUGUUGAAAUUCAGCAAUCAGCAACACCGCAGCAAUUUUAACAAAAGUUAAAAAAACAA